GGACAUGUGGUGACUGAGUCAGAGUCGGGCGACGACUGUAUUCAGUGUCCAUUCCAUGGCUGGAGGUUUGGCGGAGACGGACAGUGCAAACGCAUACCUAAUCUCAAAGAGAGCGAAUUGAAAGCAUUGAAGGCAAGGGUUAAGCGGUGGCGAGUGAUGGAGCAAAACGACAUGAUAUACGUCUGGCAUCACAGCAGCGAUGCAGAGCCCGACCACUGCCUCCCAGACCUGUCCAAGAAGUACAACAUUCCCAACCUUACAGUACUUUCCAAAUACACCUACAAGUUAUACACAUCAUCACAGCAAGUAAUGGAAAACCCAAUUGACAUCGAGCACAACGACUAUGUGCAUGCACAUUUCAUCAAGGGCGUGCUUAGAACAAAGUUUAUUGUAACAGGCGAUGGCACUGAGAACAGUCCGAUGGUCAUAUUGAUUGAGCUAUAUCUAUUUAAACGCAAAAUUACCACAAUGCAUCUGGAGCACAGGGUGUGCACACCGGCAUACGGCGAGUACCACGUCAAAUACAUCGGUAUACCAGGGGUUACGCCCGCGAUAUUACUCGUGUCGGGUAUCAGUUUGGCGCCCGAAAGGAUGCUUUUCAAUACCCGAUUUUUGGGCACUUCUACCCUAUGGAAUCAAAUUAUAUGGGAUGAUGGUCCAAUCUGGAGCAAUAUGAACUGUCCAUCACAGCCCAUAUUUACCAAGAAUGAUACCGUUAUCGCCCGCACCCGACGGAUGUUAACUAAGUUUUACGAUUAAUUAUUAUUCUAUUUAAUAUUA